AUGACGGCUGCCACACGGCUGAUAUCAAGGUUGACGCUGGUCACUGGUAAAUAUAUGUUGAGGAGGCAGUGGAUCGGACGGGCGGUAUGUCAGCGUUUGGCCUCUGAGGGCGCCUCCGUGGUGGUGGCAGACAUCAGCGAGGAGUCUGCCAACGAGACCAUGGUGGGUCUGCAGAAUGACCUCAGAGGACAGGGUCACAUGGCGGCUGUGGUGGAUGUGUCAUCAAAAGAGAGCGUGAAGAAGCUGGUCACCAGAAUACAGCCUCCCUCAGUGUGUGUGAACGCAGCAGGCAUCACGCAGGACCACUUCCUGCUCAACAUGGAGGAGGAUCACUUUGACAGAGUCAUCCAGGUCAACCUGAAGGGCUCCUUCUUGAUCACUCAGGCUGUGGCUCAGGCUCUGGUGGCCUGUGGAGCACCCAAAGGAUCCAUCAUCACCGUGGGCAGCAUCGUAGGAAAGGUGGGAAACCUCGGUCAGGUAAAUUACGCUGCCUCUAAAGCUGGAGUGGAGGGUUUAACGAAGACGGCGGCCAAAGAGCUCAGCAGAAGUCUUUUGCUUUUCCUUCUUCUCCUGACAGAUGAAGUCUUUGGUGCCUCUGGGAAGAAUGGGUGA